GCUUCUCUGUUACCUGACAAGUCUUACCCCUGUCCCUUUUUGCUCGAGCAUUAUCUUCUUCAUUGCUCAAGCAAACUGCACAUCUUGCUUCUUUGUAAUAUUUAAUCAAGAGGACAACAGUAAUAAAAAUAGUCUUAAUAGGAUGAAGGUUCAAAUCCCAUCCACUACUGGCACAAAAUCAAUUAUCCAAAUUGUUCAUGAUUUGAAAGAAGGGUCAGAAACAAAAACAUUGCCUUCUGCUUCAAAAGUAUGGGAAGCGAGAGGAUUGAAUGCAAACAAGCAGUGGAAAGUUCCUGAAGGGGAAAGAAUUUUGGAACAACUUCAAAUUGUUGAAGUGGAAAAUGCUGAAGAGAUUUCCUCAGCUCCUAUUCCACUCAUAGAACAUUUUAGGCAAGGGUUAGGACGACUCAAAGGAGGAUAUGCCCGAGGUCUUGGGAUAGGAGGACUUUCGAAUCGCUAUAUGGAACAAGAAUUAAUUAAAGCACGUGAAGAACAGGCGACAAAACGUGCUGAUGAUUUGGAGAAGAGGAUUUCAAAUAUGGGUGAUACUAUAAAAAUGCAAGACAAUUUAAUUAAUCAGUUACACAAUUUGGUUGAAGAUUUGCAUAAUCAAGUUAAUGAAUACAAGAAUGCAGGAAGUGAAAACGAAAAUGUUUCUGGGAUUAAACUAUCUGAAUCACAACUCCAACAGAUUGCAGCUUUUGUGAUGCAAGGAUCAAAAUGAUAUUAGUUUCAUUUCCAUUUAGGAUUUAUUUUGUUAUUUCUAUUUUUCAGAUUUAUUUUAGUUGGAACAAACAAAACUUAGUUAUUAUUAAUUUUAUUUAAUAAUAUUUUUAUUUUAAA